AGUUUUUGGAUUAAAGUUAGUCGUCGCAGACUAACAAAGCCUGCCGGAGAAAGUUACUAGUGCUGGACUAGAGAGGGAUAUCGCCUGGCCUGGAAAACUGUUCAUCAACAUGUCCGUCCAGUCCUGGGUACCCAGCAGCCUCCUAUAAUGAAUCGCUCUAAGAAUGGGACAGCAGUGGAUAACUCCACUAACGGCCUGGACGACGACGGGCUCGUGGUCCUGGAGUCUGUCUCUAUCAUCAUCAUAGCCAUACUGGCAUGUCUGGGGAAUCUGGUCAUUGUGGUGACCCUAUAUAAGAAGCCCUACUUACUGACCAGUAACAAGUUUGUCUUCAGCCUGACUUUGUCCAAUUUGCUGCUGUCUGUCCUAACGCUGCCCUUCGUUGCGGCCAGCUCGGUGCGUCGGGAUUGGAUGUUUGGAGUGGUUUGGUGUAACUUCACAGCACUGCUCCAUCUACUCGUCAGCUCAUCCAGCAUGCUCACACUGGGAGCCAUUGCCAUUGACAGGUACUAUGCUGUUUUAUAUCCCAUGAUCUACCCCAUGAAAAUCACGGGAAACCGAGCUGUGGUCGCAAUCGUUUAUGUGUGGCUCCACUCCCUGGUCGGAUGCCUGCCGCCACUUUUCGGUUGGUCCGCCUUUGAGUUUGACCGCUUCAAGUGGACCUGUACAGUGGCUUGGCACAAGGAAAUCAGCUAUACUGCCUUCUGGGUUACGUGGUGCUGCCUUCUGCCGCUGGCGGCCAUGCUGGUCUGCUACGGCGUCAUCUUCCGCGUGGCCCGCAUCAAAGCUCGCAAGGUUUACUGCGGAAGUGUGGUGGUGCCUCAAGAGGAGUCCAGUUCUCAGAAGAAUGGUCGCAAGAACUCCAAUACUUCCACAUCUUCUAACGGAAGUCGCAAGAGUCUGGUCUACUCUGGGAGCCAAUGCAAGGCUUUCGUCACCAUUCUGGUGGUUUUGGGGACGUUUCUGACCACUUGGGGUCCAUAUGUGGUAGUAAUCAGCACUGAAGCACUGUGGGGUAAAGACAGUGUUUCUUCAAAGAUGGAGACACUGGUCUCCUGGCUGUCCUUCACCAGUGCCGUGUGUCAUCCACUUAUUUAUGGGCUGUGGAAUAAGACCGUACGUAAGGAGCUGUUAGGCAUGUGCUUUGGUGACCGCUACUACAGAGAGUCUUUUGUUAUACGGCACCGGACCUCUCGUCUCUUUAGCAUCUCUAACCGGAUAACGGAUUUGGGAAUGUCUCCUCACCUGACGGCCAUGUUGGUGGGUGGUGGGCAGCUCCUGGGUCGUGGAAGCAGCACUGGAGACACUGGCUUCAGCUACACCCAGGACUCAGCUACAGACGUCAUGCUGUUGGACAGCUACACCUCAGAGCCCUCCCACUCAGCCCACUGUGCUGCCAAUAAGAGGAGAAGUUCUGUCACUUUCGAGGACCAAGUGGAUCAGAUUCCUAAAGGUGACCCUUCGGUAGUCCAAGUGAUGGCAGACAUCCACAAGUCUUUGGACAGCUUUGCGUCUUCUCUGGCUAAGGUUAUAGAGAACGAUGCCAAGCUUCAACUCUUCGGGGAAUGGAGUCAAAUUCCAACAAGUCUGUUCACAGCACGAAACACACAGAGAGCUCCCCGUUACCUGGAUGGACAGAGACUCAGGAUGGAAAGCAUUGAUGAAGGAAUAGUGAAAGAUGAUGAUGAGGAUAAUGACGAAGAGCACGAGGAAAAAAUAGGUGACACUUCCAUGUAGUUCUUUGACUCGGUAAAUGGACCAGAUCUGUAGCUUUUAAAGGUACAAGGAACACAUAAGAUACAUGUUUACAAGUAUACAGUGAUUUAUGUGUAACUCGCCAGAAUAAGUUAUGCUUUUGUAACAGAAAAAUUAUUUUAAAAUCAUUUAAAGCCCUCAUAUAUUGUCAGGUAUUUUG